AUGACCCCGCUCACCUGUUCACCCACCGUGCAUCCUGGUACCUCACUUAAAAUAUUAAACGCCUCAAUUGGUCAAACAAAGAAUUCCACUCAAUGGGAACAGGUUAUCGGUGGCUCACAAAGUGGCUCAGAGAUUCUCGCGUCAGAGAUUUACGCUUUCGAGUCGAACACUGACUCAGAGAUGUAUCAGCAAACUAGGCUGUAUGACCUUGAUGAAAUUCUUCGUGCGAUGAUAACCUUAUCCGACGGCAGUCUCAUAUUGUUAUAG